AUGCCUAAAGAAAAAGUUAAUCAAAGAAUCUCGAGACGCAAAAAUUCUUCUAAUAUAACUAAUUCUAAGACAGCAACGAGUGAAGCAGAUAAAAUUGCUGCUCGUUUAGCUGCAGCAAGGUCUAUUAAAUCCUCAACUCAACGAAAACGACAAGAUGCAAAUGUUGAACUUGUUGCGUCAAGUUCACAAUCCAGAGGAGUGCGUAAUUUUGAAGAUUCUUGUAAUCUUUCACAAAUACAAGAACAGGAGAUGCGUGAUGAGGACAGAGAAGAAGCAUUAGCUGCACUAGCUGAUGCAUCAUCUAAUAUGAAUACUUUGAGAUCGAUGGAAAAUGCUCCAACCGAUACUACUAAGACAUUUUAUUCGCACAUGAUUGAGGGUCUAAAGAGGAGUUUGGGCCAAAAUAAGCAUAUAUAUGAAGCAAUAUAUGAAAUGAAGGCUUCGCAAGACGCGUUCCAAAAAGAAACAAAUGAAAAAUUAAAUAUUAUUUCAGAGAAAAUUAACCAAUUAAUUACUCCUGAAGAUUCCUAUUGGAAGAGCUUGGCGUCAAAAACUUGCAAAACUCAACUACCUAUUCUUGGUCUUUAUCCUGAUGAUUCAGAAUUCAAGAAAGGCUUCGAAAGUAUACUUGAACAAGAAAAGCCAGGUUAUAUUGAACAACUUGGCCUACAGUGGAAUCAUUUUUAUUUGGAACGUGUCAGACCUCUAUGCCGUGAUGUAAUUAAAAGCAGAAGAUGUGAUAAGGCCAAAGAUGUUCGAUCUGCAAUGUUUGACAUCUUUGGUGAAAAUCUUUUAACUCGAAUUAAUACUUCUGCAGGAGCUGGAGAUAUUGCAACUUUUAAAAAUUCAAAUAAUACCAAAAAUGCGUUUAAAUGUUUAUUUAUAAGUGAUGAUGAUGGUACCCUUCCGUAUAUUGAAGCAAUUAAGAAAAAGGCAUGGGAGAGAAAGAAGACUACAUUGAUGGAUACUGCUUUUACAUUGGCAGUUUGUGAAAUUGUUUUAAAUCUGAGACAUCCACGAAUAUCUGUUAGUGAUAAUGCUCUCCAUAAACGAUUUGACUUAUAUCUGAUUACCAAACAAGUUAGACAAGAUGAAUUAGGUAAAACAUGUGAUAAUUCAGAUGAUACUAGCGAGAGUGAUGACCACCGUUAUGAUGAUCGUGAUGAAGAUCAAGAGAAUGAUCAAGUCGAUAAAGAACUUGGCGAAAAUUACAAUAUCGAUCAAGAUCAAACAAUUGAUGAAUAA